CAAAAGUUUGGUGGGCAGCACUUUAGUCGUGUCUGUUCACUAAUACUUUUGCUUCUACUUUAUAUUAUGGACUUUCAUACGGCGAAAAUAAGUAGGAUAUUUAUAUAAAAAUGUUCAUCAUGCAAUACACUCAGAUAGUUACUUCGUUAAAGAAUACAAUGUUAUCAUUAAUGCAAAGGACAUUUCAAACUCAUGGAAUGGUCAGCACCGCUAGGCUACUAUCAACAUCUUCUACGAUGCAGCUAUUGAAUCCUAAAAGUACUCACAUGACAUUUGUACACUGUAAUAACUCAUCUACAACGACUGUACCUGCUGUACAGAAUACACAGCUAGGAUAUAUGCAGAGAUUGUUAAAAAAGAUUGGUUUUAAAUUCGAUCUACAAAAAUAUAGGUACAUGGCACUUGCUUGUUUGGUGUAUGAACAUAUGUUGAGUCAAGUAGAUUAUAAUUUCUUCUAUAAACACUUUAAUAUGCCAGACACAUUGUUUUCAUGGUUUUUGGUGACAGAACUUCAUGUAUGGAUGUUAAUGGUUCGUUAUAUGGCAGAAGGAAAAGAUGGACAAUUCAUUAGAAAUAAUAUAGUCACAGCAAUGUGGGAUGACACAAAAGCCAGAACAGAAAAGCUUGGUGCAAUAAUGCCCAGUAUUAAACGCAAACAAAUUGAAGAAUUGUCACAUCAAUUUAAUGCUUCUAUAAUAGGUUAUGAUGAAGGUAUACUGUCCGAUGACAAAGUAUUAGCAGGAGCACUAUGGAGAAGGUUCUUUUACCUUGAAUGCAAUAAUCCAGAGCAUGUCGAGUUACUUCUCGCUUACGUUAGGAUACAAAUCUCUCUUUUCGACAAUAUACCGAGUCAAGCGAUUUUAAAGAAACCCAAUUUCAAAUUGGUAGAUAUAAAAAGUUUAUGCAAACUUCAAUAAAUAUUAUAGUGGAUAGAACUGUUAGAGGUAUUUUGGAAUACAUACUUAUUUAUGAAGACAUAAUGGUUCUAUGUAAAAAAUUAUUGUACAAUAUAUAGUAAUAAACAUAGAAUAUAUUAUUA